AUGAGGAGUCACAAUGCGGUAGCGCUCAGCGCGCUUGCCGCUGGCGCACGGACGCAACGGCGCGAGGAGUUCCGAAGACUGGGGAGGCGCGACGGCGGCACCUUUGAAGAGGUUGUCACGAACGAGCAGGCGAGAGGAGGAUACUUCGCCACGUGCAGAUUAGGGACGCCGGGCCAGGACCUAACGCUGCAGCUCGACACCGGGAGCAGCGACAUUUGGGUUCCGGAUUCCGAGGCACAGGUGUGCAGGCAGGCCGGCACCGAGGGCUGCUCGUUAGGAACUUUCGACCCCGCGCGGUCAAACUCCUUCAAGGUCGUGGGGAAGGGCCAGUUCGACAUUGAGUACGUGGAUGGGAGCUCUUCCAAGGGCGACUAUUUCACUGACGUCUUUGAGAUUGGCGGUGCCACCUUGAAGAACGUGACGAUGGGCCUCGGCAAGCGUACGGAUAUCUCGUACGGCCUAGUCGGCGUCGGCUAUGCCGUGAACGAGGCUAUCGUUGGGACCACCCAGUCGCUUUCGUCCGUUUACCCCAACUUGCCAGUCAGUAUGGUCGACGAAGGCCUGAUCAACUCCGUCGCAUACAGCUUGUGGCUGAAUGAUCUGGACGCCAGCUCGGGGAGUAUUCUCUUUGGAGGCAUCGACACAGAAAAGUACAAGGGCGACCUGACGAGAAUCGAGAUUUACCCGACGCAAAAGGAUAUUUUCUCAGCAUUCAUGGUCGCCCUGACUUCGCUAGGCGGCCACAGUGCCUCGGGCCGGGACACGCUCACUUCCCGCGAAUUCCCGAUUCCUGUCGUCCUUGACUCCGGCACGACCCUUUCCUACCUCCCCACCGAUCUAGCCCGCCAAACCUGGACCGAAGUCGGCGCAAUCUACUCGGACCAACUUGGCGCGGCCGUGUUGCCCUGCGCGAUGCAAAACAGCAAGGGCUACUUCUCCUUUGGCUUCGCCGGCCCCAACGGCCCUCGUAUCAAUGUCACAAUGGACGAGCUGGUUCUCGACCUGACCUCAGGCCGCGCUCCGACUUUCACCUCGGGCCCCUACGCGGGCCAGGAAGUGUGCCAGUUCGGGAUCCAAAAUUUCACCUCCGCUCCUUACCUGCUUGGGGACACCUUCCUCCGCUCUGCCUACGUCGUCUAUGAUCUCGUCAACAACCAAGUCGGUAUUGCUGCGACCGACUUCAACUCUACCGACAGCAACAUUGUUCCCUUCCCCAGCAUGAGCGCGCCGAUCCCGUCCGCGACCGUCGCCCCUGGACAGAGCGAGGUCACCCAGGUUCCGUCCGUUACCACGCCUGCGUACGCGGCUAGCCCGGGUUUCAUGGAGGGCGUCGCCAGGGAAAACGGGGCGGUCGGCAUGCCUGUCUCUUGGGGGAUGGCGCAGAUCGUGGUUAUCGGCACCUCUAUGGCGUUGGCAGCGCUUGGAUGGUGGGCGUUGUUGCUUUUUACUGUAAAUAUCCGGGUUUCGGACUUAAAGGCUAGUUUCGUUGAAAGGAUUGUAUUUUUCAAACUUUUGAUGGCAAUCUGUACAGUACAUGUAGGACCCCUGUGUCCAGGGCCUCGGACGCUGCUGCAGAAGCCCAAAGAGCUCGCUGCUGCGAACAUGACACCCGAAGCCGCCGCCGCCCGCAUGACACCCGAGGAAUCCAAGAAGCUUUCCAUGGUCCGAAACAUUGGCAUUGCAGCACACAUCGACAGCGGCAAGACUACUGUGAGCGAACGUAUCCUCUUCUACACCGGCCGUACGAAAGCGAUCCACGAAGUAAGGGGACGUGACGGUGUUGGGGCCAAGAUGGACUCCAUGGAACUGGAGAGGGAGAGAGGUAUCACCAUUCAAUCCGCCGCCACCUUUGCCGACUGGAAGAAGGUCGAGAACGGCGUCGAGGAGACGUACCACUUCAACCUAAUUGACACGCCCGGCCAUAUCGACUUUACCAUUGAGGUCGAACGCGCCAUGCGAGUGCUAGACGGUGCCGUCAUGGUCCUCUGCGCCGUCAGCGGUGUGCAGAGUCAGACUAUAACAGUUGAUCGGCAAAUGAAGCGGUACAACGUUCCCCGUAUCAGCUUCGUCAACAAGAUGGACCGUAUGGGCGCCAACCCCUUCAAAGCGGUCGAGAUGAUCAAUUCGAAGCUCAAGAUCCCUGCUGCUGCUGUACAGAUUCCCAUUGGCUCAGAAAAGGAGUUUGAAGGUGUGGUCGAUUUGAUCAAUAUGAAGGCGAUCCGCAACGACGGCCAGAGGGGUAUCAACGUCAAGAUUUCCAACACGAUCCCCGACAACCUCAAGGAACUAGCGGAGGAGAAGAGGCAGGAACUGAUUGAGAAGCUCGCUGAUGUCGACGACGAGAUGGCCGAGAUGUUUUUGGACGAAAAGACUCCUACACCGGAGCAGAUCAAGGCAGCCAUCCGCCGGGCGACCAUUGCCCUCAAGUUCACACCAGUGUUGAUGGGCUCUGCCCUCGCUGACAAGUCCGUCCAGCCCAUGUUGGACGCUGUCUGCGACUACCUUCCAAACCCUGGAAACGUCGAGAACACGGCCCUUGAUCGGACCAAGGGCGAGCAACCAGUCAAGCUUAUGCCCUACGGCUCGCUCCCAUUUGUCGGCCUGGCCUUCAAGCUUGAAGAGAACCCGUACGGCCAGCUUACGUACAUCCGUGUGUACCAAGGCACCUUGCGGAAGGGGCAGUAUCUCUUCAACGCGCGGAACGACAAGAAGGUCCGCAUCCCUCGUAUCGUGCGCAUGCACUCCAACGAGAUGGAAGACGUUAGCGAGAUCGGUGCUGGAGAAAUCUGCGCCGUCUUCGGUGUCGACUGCGCCUCCGGUGACACAUUCACUGACGGCCGCCUUCCUUACGGCAUGAGCUCCAUGUACGUACCCGACGCCGUCAUGUCGCUGAGCAUCAAACCCAAGCGCAGUAGCGAUGCCGACAACUUCUCCAAGGCCAUGAAUCGCUUCAUGCGCGAGGACCCCACUUUCCGCCUGCACGUCGACGAGGAGUCCGAGGAAACCAUUAUCAGCGGCAUGGGCGAACUCCACCUGGAAAUCUACGUUGAGCGCCUGCGCCGUGAGUACAAGGUUGACUGCGAGACCGGCAAGCCACGCGUCGCCUAUCGCGAGACCAUCAGCCGCAAGGCGGAAUUUGAUUUCUUGCUCCGUCGCCAGACCGGCGGUCCCGGUGACUACGCCCGCGUGGUCGGCUGGAUCGAGCCGAACGCCGAGAACGCCGAGGCGAAUAGCUUUGAGAACCAUGUCGUUGGUGGCAGCAUCCCGGACAAGUACAUUUCCGCUUGCUCCAAGGGUUUCGAUGAGGCCUGCAACAAGGGCCCUCUUCUCGGGCACAAGGUCAUCGGCGCCACCUUGGCCGUGUCCGACGGCGCGACCCACGUCACCGAUUCGAGCGAUUACGCCUUCAGCUUGGCGACUCAGAUGGCGUUCCGCAAGGCGUUCCCCGACGCCGGCGGUGCCGUGCUGGAGCCGCUGAUGAAGACAACCAUCACCGCGCCGCUUGAAUUCCAGGGUAACGUGCUGAUGCUCAUGAACAAGCGCGGUUCCAUCGUCGACACCGAGUCCGGCUCCGAGGAGUUCACCAUGAUUGCCGACUGCAGCCUCAACGCCAUGUUUGGCUUCAGCACCCACUUGCGCGCGGCGACCCAAGGCAAGGGCGAGUUUAGCAUGGAAUUCAGCCAUUAUGCUCCCGCGCCACCACAUCUACAGAAGGAGCUGGUUGCUCAGUAUGAAAAGGAGCUUGAAGCCAAGAGAAACAAAUAA